UCCAGUUACCAUAGACAGGUGAGAAGCGGAGGAUCAACCAACAUUCAUGACAACAAGAAAAUCAACGCGACAAGAAAAUGGAACGCUAUAAUGACUCGGCCGCCAAGGAGUCGCGCUCAGGACAUCAUCUCCUGUCCUCAACAGAUGAUCAAGACGAACCACGCAUCAUCUACCUCCCGGAACGACGCUCAAGAUGGUCUUCCAUUGCCUCAUGGCUGAGCUGCUUCUUCUUGGGCGUUAUCGCGACAUUGCUGACGCUGGGCGUCGCUUUCCGACAAAAUGCGAUUCCUGAAUCAUUAAGGGCGGCAGCGCUGUCGACAUCACCGUCGACGCCUUCGUUCACAUUCGGUAGCACGGAUCCUCUGCCGAAUGUGCCAUCAGAAACUGUUGUGUUCGAAGCGGAUCCGAUAUUUUCAGACCGAUCAACAGACGACACGGAUUUCGCCUGGGACAUGCUAUUGCCCCCCGGUCGCGGCUAUGUCUACGUUCCCGACGGCGCCUCUCGCGGUCUUUUACCCGGCCAGUACACGCCCGAAGGCGAGAUCUACAGCGUCGCCAUGUACCACCAACUGCACUGUCUCGCACGAAUCCGCAAGCAACACUGGAUUUUCAAGGACGGAAUCGUCACCGGCGAUACCGGCAUGGCCCGCACGUUUGCGGGUCGCGGCGACUCCUCUCACGCACAACAUUGCUUCGAUUACCUUCGCCAAUCCAUCCUGUGUUCCGGUGAUAUGACGCUCGAGUGGCCGAAGCAGGACGGUCCUUCGUCGGGAGCGACGGUGGACGGAUGGGGCGUACCGCAUACUUGCAAGGCGCCGGCAGCGAUCAAGGCCUACAUGGAUGCGAAUCACAUGAACGGCAGCAGCAAUUUCGACGCUGCUGGUUAGCUUAAUAUUUUGUGCUUCAAUUCGAAUUUAUUGCAAUUAUGAUCAUAUUCGGAAUAAAACUCCUCGCAAAGUGGUAAAGGAGGAACCUGCCCGAUCUCACGCAAAGCCCAAGUAUCAUGUCGAAGCAUCGAGCGUAGAACCAUGACUCAAAACCACCUUGCUCUCGACGCAGUGCGAUGAAGUCCAUCACACCCAGAGCUGGCAUUGGAGUGAAGGUUAAAGCAGAGCGAACCCUAUCGAGCUGCUUGUGGAAACUAGAGGAAUGUAUUUCAUCUUUACCUCCAGCUCCGACAAUGUCG